AAACCACAGCCCAUUAAUGAGUUUUGGAGCCAGCUUCGUCAGUUUUUUGAAUGCCAUGAUGACGUUUGAGGAAGAAAAAAUGCAGUUGGCGUGUGAUGACUUAAAAACUACGGAAAAGCUAUGUGAAAGUGAAGAGGCUGGAGUAAUUGAAACAAUCAAGAAUAAAAUUAAGAAGAAUGUUGAUGUCCGAAAAUCUGCCCCCUCUAUGGUUGAUCGACUUCAAAGGCAAAUAAUCAUAGCUGACUGUCAAGUUUACCUGGCUGUGCUUUCAUUUGUGAAGCAAGAAUUGUCAGCAUACAUAAAAGGUGGGUGGAUCCUUAGGAAAGCCUGGAAGAUUUACAAUAAGUGCUACCUGGACAUCAAUGCCCUCCAGGAACUGUAUCAGAAGAAGCUAACUGAAGAGCCCUUGACUUCUGAUGCUGCAAAUGAUAAUCACAUUGUGGCUGAAGGGGUGACUGAGGAGUCCCUAAACAGACUGAAAGGUGCUGUGAGCUUUGGAUAUGGCCUUUUUCACCUUUGCAUAUCCAUGGUGCCCCCAAACCUGCUCAAAAUCAUCAACCUGCUGGGUUUUCCUGGAGACCGCCUACAGGGGCUUUCUUCACUGAUGUAUGCAAGCGAAAGUAAGGACAUGAAGGCCCCUUUAGCUACACUGGCUCUCCUCUGGUACCACACUGUCGUCCGCCCAUUUUUCGCCUUGGAUGGCAGCGAUAACAAAGCAGGCCUGGACGAAGCUAAGGAAAUUCUUCUCAAAAAAGAAGCUGCUUAUCCAAAUUCUUCCCUCUUCAUGUUUUUCAAGGGACGGAUCCAGCGAUUAGAGUGUCAGAUCAACAGUGCCUUGACUUCUUUCCAUACGGCUCUGGAACUUGCAAUCGAUCAGAGAGAAAUCCAGCAUGUCUGUCUGUAUGAAAUUGGUUGGUGCAGCAUGAUCGAGCUCAACUUCAAGGAUGCAUUUGACUCCUUCGAGAGGCUGAAGAACGAGUCCAGGUGGUCGCAGUGCUAUUAUGCAUAUCUGACUGCGGUUUGUCAGGGAGCCAGCGGUGAUGUGGACGGGGCACAGGUCGUCUUUAAAGAAGUUCAGAAGCUCUUCAAAAGGAAAAACAACCAGAUCGAACAGUUCUCAGUGAAAAAGGCAGAGCGAUUUCGGAAGCAAACCCCAAGCACAGUGCUGUGCGUGCUGGCGUCCAUCGAGGUGCUGUACCUGUGGAAAGCGCUUCCCAACUGCUCCUUCCCCAGCCUGCAGAGGAUGAGUCAAGGUCGCAAAAUGAACGAACUAACAGCAAAGGUCUGUUCUGGGAGAAGGAGGCAGUCCAGAGUGAAAAGGAGAUCAUUUUUAAUAACUUUUUAAAAAGCUAACCUGCUCCUGAGACCUGUUCAUUGGGUGCUGCAUGGCAGUGCUCCAAAUCCGUGCAGCCACGUGGAGCGCACUUUUGUAGAGAAAGAGUCGCCUGCCAGAACACCCUGAAAGCCUGCAGUGUGGAUCGUGAGCCUCCGAGUUCUGUGUGUGGCCCUUGUCAGGGUCCCUGUCUAAGCCUUUGUCAGCAGAACUGGGAGGUUGCUGCGGCCCGAGCUUGUGGUUUCAUUCUUAGCCCCUGCUUCCUAACUCCCUACCCCACCUACUGCAUCUUUCCCUUGUCAUUUAAAGCUGUGCAUUCUCAGCAGAACACCAGGGUGGUCCUGUUGCAGUUGAAGUCAGACUGUCAUCCUCCUGUGAACCUUCUAGUUCACCAUUACAUCCAGAGUAGAUGCUGACCGUCAUUCAGUGACAGGCAGUGUCCAGCACAAUUGUCUCUCUCCUCUGGCCUAUGGCUCCCUGGCCUCCAGCCACACUGCCUUCCAGUUCACCUAGCACAGUUGGCCACAGGGCCUUUGCACAUGUUCUUCUCGUGAUCCAAAUGCUCUUCCCCCAAUACUCACAUAGCUUCUUCACUCAUUUCCUUCACAUGUUACUCACACUGCCUUAUCUGUGAGGCUUGACCUGCACACAGCCUUCCAGUCCCGCUUCCUGUCUGUUUUUUUACCAUAGCACUUUUUAUUUAACACAUACAUUUUACCUGUUUGUCUUUCACACUGUUUGUCUCCCCUGGCAGAUGUAAGAUUCUUAAGGGCAGGAAUAUUUUUUUUCCUGGCAUGAGUUUCACUCAUUGCUAAGAUCACAAUGCUUUAAUACUUUAGGUAAUUCACACUUAAUCUUAGCCAAAAGGCCAAGCAGUGAUUUUAAGUAAUUCACAAUUUGCAGAGAUAUUCAAACUGUUCAACGGAGUAGAAAACAAAGUACCAGUGUCCCUUUGAGUCCAGACACCACCUCUCCAAAAAGGGGUGCAGCUACUGUUUGUAGUGACCUGAAGAUGCAUUUCUACAGAUGAGCGUGUAUCUGUGCGCGUGUGUGGUCGUGAGCACAUACACACCCCAGUCCAGGGCCGCAUCUGUGCGUUCAGCCACGGACCCAAAACACUGGGGGAAACACUUGCGCCUCCACAGAGCGCGUGCCGACUUCCUUCCUCAUCCACGUCCCCAGCGCGAGCAGCAGGGCAGCCGUCUAAGGGACACUGCCAUGUGUCGGGAGUCGGAAGUAACCCAGAGGCCGUGCAUGGAGGGUGGGAGGAGGUGGGCUGGUUGUAUGCAAGCACCGCGCCGGUGCAGAUUUGGGGAUCCUCGGGGGACGCUGGAAGCAGGCUCCGAAGGGUGCCGAGGGGGGCGGCGUGUUAGAAGGGAGCGUCCUCUUCCUGCUCUUCCACCUGGGCUUUUCCGGUGAUCAGGAUUGUGGAGGACUCCAGUGCCAACACAGAUCUGCCUCGCUCCUUCGAGGGUCUGUAGUGUCCCGGAGUGUGAGCACCAGCAGUCUGUGUGACUGCUGUCCGACCUGUGAACAUGUAGGCAGCCUCCAGUCGCUUGCUGCAGCUGACUGCCUCGUGCCGAGGCCUGAAUAUAUACGUAGGGACGUUCUCGCAUCUGUACGCCUGCACCCCCUGCAGCAUAAAUCCCUAGAAGGGGAAUUUCUGAGUCGAAAGCAUGUGCUUAGCACAUGUGAGGCCCCGAUUCGAUCCUCGGAACCCCCCAGAAUAUGUGCCAUUUAAAUCUUCGUGUAGAUCUGACCUCUCUAAGCACACUACACCACUUACAAUCCCAGCAGCGAUUUCUUUUAUUGUCACCUGUAACAACAGGGUUGUCCUGCACAGCGGUUCAGCACAGCUGUGCCAUCACGCAUGACUAAAGUUUGGGUCACAUUGAACAUCCUCCCGCUUUUCCUCCUCCUCUCAACCCCUGCCAACCACCAUUCUGCCUUCCAAUGCCGUGAAUCUGACCCAUUUCCACUAACAUAAGUGGAAUCUUUGUCCUUCUCUGGCUGGCUUAAGUCCCCCCGGUUCACCCAAGUUGUUGCAUGUGAUAAGAAUUCCUUUUUGGAAGCUGGAUAAUAUUCCGUUGCGUGUGCAUACCACAUUUCCUUUAUUCGUCUGUUGGUGAGUGUUUCCGUUGUUGCUCUGUCCUGACUGUUGUGAAUGAUGGUGCAGUGAAUAUGAGCAUUCAAAAUGUCUGUGAUCCUGCCCUUGGUCCUUUUGGAUAAACUCCCAAAAGUGAGGUUGUUAGAUGGGAAGUUAGUCCUAGUUCGUUUUUGAGGAAGAGCCACAAUGUUUUCCAUGGCAGCCACACCCUUCCUACCGACAGUGCCCGAGGUUCCAGUCUGUCUGUAUCCUCACCAGCUCCUGAUAUUCUAGUGUUGUUUUGUUCAUAAUCCCAACAGCUAGGAGGAAAUACAUCGUUGGGAUUUUGAUUUCCAUUUUGACAAUGCCUAAUAAUGUUGAGCUUAUUUGUUCA